AUGAUGCUCGCUUUCCUCGUCUCGUGCAUCGUUGCGUUUAUGGUUGUGAUAGGAGAUAUUGGGCCAAACGUCGUUGCCGACUACCUGGAGCUCGAAGCUCCGACUCAAAGGCUUCGAAUUUUGGUCAUGAUUAUCGUAUUGCUCUUCGUCAUCUUCCCGCUGUCGACGAUCCAGAAUUUGGAGGUGUUCAGCGUCGUGUCCUCGGCGGCAGUAUUUUUCUAUGCCGUUUUUGUGGUUCGGCUUUUCAUCGGCAGUCUACCAGUUUUAUGGGAAGGCACCUGGAGUAUUCACGUGCAUUGGUGGCGUUUCGAGGGGUUCUUUCCAUGCCUCCCAAUUGUCGCGAUGGCGCUCGCCUGUCAGACGCAACUUUUCUCGAUUACCGACAGUAUGAAAGAUGCGACGGACGAACAUGUUGACGCGGUCGUCGCCUCAGCUAUAAACCUUUGCUCUGGAAUGUACGCAGCCGUCGGCCUGUUUGGCUACGUAACUUUCUAUAACCUCGAGAUGCACGGCGACGUUUUGGUCAACCUCCAACCAACAUUCUUCACGCAAAUGCUCAAGCUGGCCUUUCUCCUCUCAAUCGCCGUCUCGAUCCCGUUGAUGCUCUUCCCAGCACGAGUCGCGCUAUUCAACCUCCUCUCACCACAGGGCUCUUCCGAUCACGCAGGGCCAGCCCCGCUCCACAACUCUACCUUCCACGUCCUGACCUUCGUGCUGUUGCUCGCCAACCUCAUCGUGGCCAUCUACGUUCCAAAUGUCGAAUUCAUCCUGUCCCUUACCGGCUCCGUCAUCGGCUCGUUCACCUCCAUCAUCCUCCCCUCCCUGAUGUUUAUCGGCGUGAUGAAAGACAAGUCGACACCAAUGAUCUUUUAUGCAAGGAUGUGCAUCUUCAUCGGCAUAACAAUUCUCUGUCUCUCCACCAUCGCUACCCUUCAGACCGAACAAAAAUCCGACGUCGUUGAACGACCACUCCCAAAAGCCGCCGCCGACGAGAAGGCGUUGCGAAGCUUGGAGAAACUGGAAGAGAAGGUUAUGGAUGCGAAUAUCAACAUUUCACAGAAACUGGAGAAGGUGGCAGACCUAGCAAAAUCUGGCAACGAAAAAGAGGCCGAAAAGCUGCUGCUCGAAAUGAAGGUCCAACAGAAGGAGCAGCAAGAGUUGAUCAAGAAACAAGGGGAAAUAGUUGAAGAAUUGAACAGGCACGUCGAAUUACACCACGAUCACAAGGAAAAGGAAGCUGCGGGGGAUGAACCGAAAAAUGAGUCGGACACGGAGAAAGUUAAACCGGUGGAGCACAAGCAUGAUUUGAAAAAGGAACCAACAAAAGCUCCCCAAGAGCCUGAAAAACCGCUGGAAAAGCCCGUGGAAAAGCCGGUUGAGAAGCUGGAGGAAAAAUCUGUCAAGUCUCCCCAAAUUCCAAAAGAAGAGCGCCGAGAACCGAGAGAAGCUCAGUCCAACGUUACUGCCACUAUCAACAUCGUCCAGCCUAAAGACAAUGCUACGGACUCCAAACAAGAACCC